CAAACAUAUACAGGGCAUCGAAGAGCCGGAACUCCAUAAGCUCAUGCCACAGAAGCAGCAGCAAAGCAGAGACGACCGAUGACACUCGUGCCAUGGCCAGCGCUCUUCCUCGUCUUCCUCUGCUCUCUCUUCCUCUCCUUCUUUGUCAAGCAUCUUCCUCUCCUCAAUACCCACAAACCAUCGAAAGCUCCACUUCCUCCCUCCAUCUCCAUCCUUCCCAUCCUCCUCCACCUCGUAACCCACCGCGGUUCCCUUCAAGGAAUCACCGUCCUCCUCCGUCGCUAUCACUCUCUCCACGGCCCCAUCCUAAGCCUCCGUCUCCUUCCCUUCGCUCCCCCCACCAUCUUCAUCUCCAGCUCCGAUCUCUCCCAUACCGCUCUCUUCAAACACGCCGAUUCCUUCUCCAACCGCCCCCCACCUGUCGAGCCCACCAUCUUCCUCACCGGCGGCAACAACGAUAUCUCCUCUUCUAAUCACGGCUCCCUAUGGAGCAUCCUCCGCCGCAACCUCUCUUCCGAAAUUCUCCACUCCUCCAGUCUCCGUAACUUCGCCCAGGCACGAAGCUGGGCCGUCCAGCUCCUUCUCGAAAAGCUCCAUUCCUUUGCCGGCCGGGAGGAGUUCAUCCCAAAACAGAGUUUUCAACACGCCUUCCUCUCCAUCCUCGCGCUCAUGUGUUUCGGCCAAAAGCUCCCGGAAAGCGACAUCCACGAAAUCGACCACCUGCAAUCAUUUCUCCUCAGACUUUUCUCCACCUUCAAUGUCUUCGCUUUCAUUCCCUCGAUCACCAAGCUCUUGUUUUAUAAAAGAUGGGAAGAUAUUGUUCAUGCGAGACAGAGGCAGGCAGAAAUCUUCCUCCCGCUGAUAAAAGCGAGGCGAGAGAGGAAACAGAACAUGAAGGAAGGCAGCGCCGUGGAGUACUGUUACGUGGAUUCUCUACUUGAUCUACGCCUUCCCGUGGAAGGCGAGCGGGGGCUCAGCGACUACGAGAUGGUGAACCUCUGCCACGAAUUCCUCAGCGGAUCCGCAACCACCGCGACGGCGCUCGAGUGGACCAUGGCCGAGCUGGUGAAGCAACCGAAGGUUCAGUCAAAGGUGUUUGCAGAGAUCGAAUCUUUGAUAGGAAGAGGCGAGGAAGAUAUCAUAAAGGAGGAGUUUUUACAGAGAAUGCCUUAUCUAAAAGCGGUGAUAAUCGAAUCGCUUCGGCGUCACCCGCCCACCCACUUCGUUCUGCCGCAUUCAGUGAAAGAGGAAGUUGAGCUGAAUGGGUAUUUGAUUCCCGUGGGAGCAGAGGUGCACUUUGCUGUGGCGGAUGUGCAUUGGGACCGGUGGACUUGGGACGAGCCCAUGGAAUUCAAGCCGGAGAGGUUUAUGGACGGCGGGGAGGGGGAAGGUGUGGAUUUAACCGGAAACAGGGGGAUCAAAAUGAUGCCUUUUGGGGCGGGGAGGAGGUUGUGUCCAGGUUAUGCGUUCGCCAUGCUUCAUUUGGAACUUCUGGUGGCCAAUCUUGUGAGGGAGUUCGAAUGGAAAAGUGAUGCAGGGAAUGAGGUGGAUCUCACCGAAGUGUUCGAUUUUACGAUGGUCAUGAAAAAUACUCUUAGGGUUCGUAUUGUUCGACGAAGGCGGGAAGAGAAAGCAG